UCUUCACUUUCGGACCCGAAGCGGGACUGGGGGGCGCGCCGGCCUCCGCGUGUCCCUAUUUCUCCUCCCCUCCUGGUUUGCUCGCUCAUUGAGAACUCUUUGGCGGCCAGCUGCGGACUCCAGCUCGCUGUGGAACCCCGUGCGCUUUAGGAACCCAGCGCAACAAAAGCACAGCAAGGUGACUGAGUAAUUCUGGGGACAUUUGCAUAGGGGUAAAUGGUCUUAAAAUGGUUGAUGAGCCAAUGGAAGAAGAAGCAGAUUCUUGCCAUGAUGAAGGAGUUGUUAAAGAAAUCCCCAUUACUCAUCAUGUUAAGGAAGGAUAUGAGAAAGCAGAUCCUGCUCAGUUUGAAUUGCUCAAGGUUCUUGGUCAGGGAUCAUUUGGCAAGGUUUUUCUUGUGAGAAAGAAGACUGGUCCUGAUGCUGGGCAACUGUAUGCAAUGAAGGUGUUAAAAAAAGCUUCUUUAAAAGUUAGAGACAGAGUUCGGACAAAGAUGGAGAGGGAUAUACUGGUGGAAGUAAAUCAUCCGUUUAUUGUCAAAUUGCACUAUGCCUUUCAGACUGAAGGGAAGCUGUAUUUAAUACUGGAUUUUCUCAGGGGAGGCGAUGUUUUCACAAGAUUGUCCAAAGAGGUUCUAUUUACAGAGGAAGAUGUGAAAUUCUACCUUGCAGAGCUGGCCCUUGCUUUGGAUCAUCUGCACCGAUUAGGAAUAGUAUAUAGAGACCUAAAGCCAGAAAACAUUUUGCUUGAUGAAAUAGGACAUAUCAAGUUAACAGAUUUUGGACUCAGCAAGGAGUCAGUAGAUCAAGAAAAGAAAGCCUACUCAUUUUGUGGUACAGUUGAGUAUAUGGCUCCUGAAGUCGUAAAUAGAAGAGGCAAUUCUCAGAGUGCUGAUUGGUGGUCAUAUGGUGUACUUAUGUUUGAAAUGCUUACUGGUACUCUGCCAUUUCAAGGUAAAGACCGAAAUGAGACCAUGAAUAUGAUAUUAAAAGCAAAACUUGGAAUGCCUCAAUUUCUUAGUGCUGAAGCGCAAAGUCUUCUAAGGAUGUUAUUCAAAAGGAACCCAGCAAAUAGAUUGGGUUCAGAAGGAGUUGAGGAAAUCAAAAGACAUCUCUUUUUUGCAAAUAUUGACUGGAAUAAAUUAUAUAAAAGAGAAGUUCAGCCUCCUUUCAAACCUGCUUCUGGAAAACCAGAUGAUACUUUUUGUUUUGAUCCUGAAUUUACUGCAAAAACACCUAAAGAUUCCCCUGGUUUACCAGCCAGUGCAAACGCUCAUCAACUCUUCAAAGGAUUCAGUUUCGUUGCAACCUCUGUUGCAGAAGAAUAUAAAAUCUCUCCUGUCACAAGUGCAAAUGUAUUACCAAUCAUUCAGAUAAAUGGAAAUGCAGCACAAUUUGGUGAAGUAUAUGAAUUGAAAGAGGAUAUUGGUGUUGGCUCCUAUUCGGUUUGUAAGCGAUGCAUACAUACAACUACCAACAUGGAAUUUGCAGUGAAGAUCAUCGACAAAAAUAAGCGAGACCCCUCAGAAGAAAUUGAAAUUUUGAUGCGCUAUGGACAACAUCCCAACAUUAUCACUUUAAAGGAUGUCUUCGAUGAUGGUAGAUAUGUUUACCUUGUCACAGAUUUGAUGAAAGGAGGAGAACUACUUGACCGGAUUCUCAAACAAAAAUGUUUCUCAGAACAGGAGGCUAGUGAUGUACUAUAUGUAAUAACUAAAACAGUCGACUAUCUUCAUUGUCAAGGAGUUGUUCAUCGUGAUCUUAAGCCUAGUAAUAUUUUAUACAUGGAUGAAUCAGCUAAUGCAGAUUCAAUUAGGAUCUGUGAUUUUGGGUUUGCCAAACAACUUCGAGGAGAAAAUGGACUUCUAUUGACUCCAUGCUACACAGCAAACUUUGUAGCACCUGAGACUUCCAGUGUAGUAAGACACUUCUACCAUUGUAAUAGCGAAAGUUUUCAGGUUCUUAUGCAACAGGGAUAUGAUGCUGCUUGUGAUAUUUGGAGUUUAGGAGUCCUGUUUUAUACCAUGUUGGCUGGCUACACUCCAUUUGCUAAUGGCCCCAGUGAUACUCCUGAAGAGAUCCUGCUACGAAUAGGCAAUGGAAAGUUCUCUUUGAGUGGUGGAAACUGGGACAAUAUUUCAGAUGGAGCAAAGGAUUUGCUUUCCCAUAUGCUUCAUAUGGACCCACAUCAGCGGUAUACUACUGAACAAAUAUUAAAGCACUCAUGGAUAUCCCACAGAGACCAGUUGCUGAAUGACCAGCCAAAGAGAAAUGAUACAUCACAUGUCAUUAAGGGAGCAGUGGUUGCCACAUAUUCUGCCCUAGCUCACAAGACCUUUCAACCAGUCUUAGAGCCUGUUGCUGCUUCAAGCUUAGCUCAGCGACGGAGCAUGAAAAAGCGAACAUCAACUGGCCUGUAAGAUUUGUGGUGUUCCUCUGCCAAACUGGAUGAAGAAGAAAAUAAAUGUAUGACUUUUUGCCUAAUCUUAUAUCAAAGGCAUUGUUUUCUGCUAUAUUACUUGAAUAUCCUAAGUUCCUCUGUUAGGGGGAGUGAGAUUUAAAAGAAAAAAAUACCCAGGUCCACAAUAUUCAUACUAUGUUGUUUUGCAGUAAUUUCCAAGUGUUUAUUUAAGCAUAUAAUUGGUGUCCACAAAGUCCUAAUAACUUCUCUGCACACUAAUUUCUAAAAAUCCUUUCAAAUAAAAUUACUUUUAUAUUUUU